UGGAGCCAGGCUCCACAUCUCCUAGACCCAUUUAAGAGCUGACUACCAGGAGAAGGAUCUUUUUCUUGAGUGUUGUCGUAGGUGUUUAUGAGGAGGUGGGCUGUGACAUGAUAGGACCUCCCCUGCACUGUGAUAAGAGAUGUGAUGCAUGCUUGGGGGCGUAGGCACACUAGAUGUGAGUAAACGCACAUGAAUGUAGGAACGUAGAUAAGCAUGUAAAGUAUAUAGGUUGUUGUUUUGCUUGUAAUAAACACCAUUUUGCCUAACAUCACAUUGGUGUGCAUGUGGUGAGAUGGUCGGGUCAUAGCAGGGAUGGCGUGAACCCUGGUCAGGCCAUAGAGAUGUGAGGAACAAGGGGUUUCCUAUGCGGAAACAAGUGGUGCCCCGUGUGAGGCACGUUCCUAUGCUGCCCGGCUCAAAAUAGCUUUGGAGCGGUAAACCUGAGGGGACAGCAGGGUGCCUCUUAGACCCCAGAAGACCAUGGGGAUGACAGUGCGGCUCAUCUUUGCAGCGCAGAAACCCGAGGGGACGGCGGGGCGCUGAUCAUGGAAUCUGUUAUUAAGGUACUUCUGCAACUUUGCAAAGAAUAUUGCGGCAAGCACCCUCCUUCUAGGAAGGAGAUAGCCGCCGUUCUUUCCCGCCUGGAGCAGGAGGGGGACAUAUGCUCCCCCUGUGAUGUUCUCGACCAUCGGAGGUGGGAUUCUCUUACCAUGGUGCUCGUGCACCAUGCAAUGAGCGCUCAAAAGGGCGCUGAGCUUAAGACUUGGGGCUUACUUUUGGGUGCUCUCAGGGUGGCCAGGGAGGAGAAGAUUGGUCAAAGAUUAGAGAAGAGAGAGGACAAAGGCUCGCUGGUGGAGGCGUACCCAGUGGUUGUGGGAGAAGAAGGCCCUGUAUGGGUGCCACUCGAUUCAAAAGGAGUCGCACGCCUUAUAGAGGCGGUGGAAAAGAAAGGGCUGAGGUCGCCACUGACCUUGAAUGCCCUGGAGGCCUUGACGGGGCCUGGCCCUUUACUUCCCCAUGAUAUCGUGAAUCUUACGCGCAUGGUGCUCAAACCAGUGCAGUACACGCUCUGGAAAGAGGAGUGGAUGUCGGAAUGUAGGAAGGUGGCAGUGAUAGCUGAGGAGGAUGCGACACACCCUGCGCACAGCACAGACGUGCAGAGACUCAUGGGCACAGCUGGGGGAAUGGCCAACCCCCAUGUGCAGGUAGCCAGGUUAAGGCCCGGAGAGCUGAUGGCGUCUACAGAUGCGAUGCUUGGUGCGUUCAAAAGGCUUGCCCAUAGUGCUGAGCCCCUUACCCCUUGGACAGAUAUCACUCAGGAUCCAGUCGAAUCCUUCCAAGAAUUUGCCGACAGGCUGAUACGGGCGGUGGAGGGGUCGGACUUACCUAGAGCAGUUCACAAUCCUGUCAUUAUGGAUUGCCUAAGACAAAAAUCCCAUGACAAGCUGUUGUGCUCAGCUCAUGGGAAGGCCACUACACCGGGAGAGAUCAUUAAGUAUGUGCUAGAUAAACAAAAGGCGACCCCCAUGACAGCGGAGGGACUCGCUGCUGCGAUCCAGGAAGGCAUAGUAAACGCCAUCACUGUCGAAGCGACGGCAAUAGUGCCUGUGGCGCCGCAAGCCAAGGGACCCUGUUUUGGUUGCGGCCAAUACAGCCACAUCAAAGCCCAGUGUAGGGACGGAGGGGGCAGGUGUGACGAGCGAGGCAAUGGCCGAGAGUUGUUUGUCAAUAGUGCAAGAGCGGCCACACUGCACGCCAGUGCAAUUCCAUACUCAUAGAUAAUAUUACUAUGGAUACUGGUAAUUAUUCAAAUCUCUGUAUUUGUAACUUUACUAAUAUUGUAGGGUGUGAUUUUAAUUAUACAGCUCCAGUUAUAUCACUUCAGUUAUUGCAGUCUAAUUACACACUGAUUCAGGACUUAUUACCAACUCCUAUUGGAAUGGCCCUUGAAUUAGUGAGGAAACUGCUGCAACAUGACAACCUGUAUCAAUUGCUACAACGCAUUCGGAACAAUGGACAGAAAAUCUUGAUCAUUGUUCACCAUGAUACGAAAGAGAUACAUCGUGUCCUAGAAAGGAUAAAGAAGGACAGAGAACAUCAUUGGUGGGAAGUGCUUCUUGGAUGGUCGCCUACAGCGAGAGGAGUGUUUAAUGCAAUUCUGCACCCAGUGGUGAUCAUAUUAACUCUAACAGUAGUUUCUUCAGUGCUUGUAGUUGUAUUACAUGUGAAAAUUUGGCACGUGCAACGCCGCUUGCGACACAUGAUAGAGCGAACUUUUGACCAAUGAAUGGAGUAUCUUAAGCUACAUGAGAGAUUGUAAGGAACGAAACAUAUAAUUGUAAAACCUACGCUAGGGCUAUUAGGCGGUAUGCAAGUAUCUCGCUAUAAUGGGGCAAGGCUUUACCGAGCAUGGGGAGGGGGAGAUGUUGUCGUAGGCAUUUACGAGGAAGAGGGCUGUGAUGCGAUAGGACCUCCCCUGCUCUGUGAUAAGAGACGUGAUGCAUGCUUGGGGGCGUAGACACACUAGACGCGAGUAAACGCACGUGGACGUAGGAACGUAGAUAAGCAUGUAAAAUAUAUAGGUCGUUGUUUUGCUUGCAAUAAAAGCCGUUUUGCCUAACAUCACAUUGGUGUGCAGGUGGUGAGGUGGUCAGGUCAUAGCAGGGACAGCGUGAGCCCUGGCCAGGCCAUAGGAACGUGAGGAACAAGGGGUUUCCUACGUGGAAACACUUGAGAUCUCUCCUUUGGAGAUUUCCAGCAAGUCCAGGACAAGGGUAAGCACUCUUCUCAUGGUUUUAUGUUUUUCUGAUUUUCAG